AUGAAGGAAACUUGUCAGCUGAUAAUUUUCUCUCUGGUUUUGUCUUGUACACUUGUAGAGAUUUCAGCACAGAAAGAAGCAGAAUCUCUGAUAACCUGGAUGAAGAGCUUGCACUCUCCCUUGCCACGUUCAUGGAACAAAAGCACUAGUCCAUGCAAAUGGAAUGGCAUUACAUGUGACAAAACCGGCAGUGUUGUUGAGAUAAAGCUUUCUAAUGUUGGCCUAGAUGGAACGCUUGACAGGUUUGACUUCUCAGCCUUUCCUAAUCUCAGUAACUUCAAUGUAAGUAUGAAUAACCUGGUUGGAGAGAUACCAGCAGGAAUUGGAAAUGUAACAAAGAUGAAAAUACUUGAUUUGAGUAGCAACAAUAUCACCUAUCCAAUCCCCCCAGAAAUGGGAAACCUUCUAGAGCUGCAAGUUCUUGUACUCUCUAACAAUUCACUCUUAAAACAAAUACCAACUCAACUUAGCAAUUUGCAGAAUUUAUGGCUUCUAGAUCUAGGGGCUAAUUAUUUGGAGAAUCCUGACCCUGUUCAAUUUAAGGGCAUGGCAUCCAUAAUUGAACUUAAUCUCACCUAUAACUUCCUCACUGAGGUUCCUCCAUUUGUUUCUAAAUGUCCAAAGCUGGUGUCUCUUGAUGUAUCACUCAAUAGUAUCUCUGGGAAGAUUCCAAUACAUUUACUGGUUAAUCUUAGGAAUCUUACAAUCCUAUGCAUGACAAACAACAAUUUAGAAGGGCUAAUUCCAGAAGAAAUUAAGAGCCUAUCAAACCUCAAAAAACUACAGCUUGGACAAAACAAGCUUAAUGGUACAAUACCAGAGGAGAUAGGUCUCUUGUCAUACCUUGAGGUGCUUGAAUUGAAUCAAAAUUCUUUUCAGGGUCCAAUACCAUCAUCAAUUGGAAAUCUCCUUAUGCUUCAGAGAUUAGAUAUUCACAUGUCAGGGCUUAAUUCCAGCAUCCCAGCUGAGAUAGGCUUCUGCACCAACCUUACUUAUGUUGAUAUGUCAGGAAAUAGCCUGACAGGUUCUGUGCCUCUUUCCAUGGCUUCAUUAACAAGGAUCCAAGAGUUGGCAAUCUCUUUUAACCUUUUAUCUGGAGAACUUCAUCCAUCUCUUCUGUCCAGUUGGUCAGAACUCAAUUCUUUGCAACUCCAGUUGAAUGACCUAUCAGGAAUUCUUCCACCUGAGAUUGGUUCACUUCACAAUAUAACUACUUUGCUCCUUUUCUCCAACCAGUUUUCUGGCCAGAUACCUCCAGAAAUUGGAAACUUAUCAAACUUACAAUAUCUUGAUCUGUCCUAUAACUCUUUUAAUGGUUCGAUACCCCCAACUAUAGGAAAGUUACACAAUAUCCUCAAUUUAACUCUAGCUUCAAACCAACUAACAGGGGGCUUUCCUCCUGAAAUAGGUGAUUUGGAAAGCUUACAAGUGCUGGACUUGAGUGAAAACAAAUUUGAAGGACCUUUGCCUUCAUCAAUAAUUCGCUUGAAAAAUAUCAGUCUCCUUUACCUUCAUUCCAACAAUUUUUCAGGAACUAUUCCUGAAGAUUUUGGACCUACCUUUUUAAUGAAUGUGAGCUUUGCCAACAAUAGCUUUUUUGGAAGGCUCCCCUCAGGAAUUUGCAAUGGAGGGAACCUUGUCUACUUGGCAGCCAGUAUGAAUUAUCUAAUUGGUCCAAUCCCAGAAAGUCUUAGAAAUUGCAGCGGACUAAUCAGAGUCCUGCUUGGAAACAAUCAUCUCACUGGAGACAUUGCCAAUGCAUUUGGCAUCUACCCAGAUUUGGACUUCAUUGAUUUAGGACAUAAUCAGCUCUAUGGUUCAUUAUCUAGUAACUGGGGAGAGUGCAAAACUCUCACCAGUUUAAGCAUAGCUGCCAAUAAGCUACAAGGGAAUAUUCCUCCUGAGAUAGGAAAAUUGCCAAGGUUACAAAAUCUUGACCUAUCAGAUAACAGUCUCACAGGAAAUAUCCCAGUGGAGCUUUUCAGCUCAUCUUCCAUUCUACUCAAACUAAAUUUGAGCAACAAUGAUCUCUCAGGUCAGAUACCAGAAGGGAUAGGGGAACUCUCACAGAUGCAGUAUCUGGAUUUAUCAUCAAACAAUAUAAGUGGGCCAAUUCCCAGGAAACUAGGAAACUGCCAGAAACUUAUAUUCUUGAAACUAAGUAUGAACAACUUGGAUGGACAUAUGCCAUAUGAGCUUGGGAAUUUGGUGAACUUGCAGCCACUGUUAGAUCUCAGUCACAACUCACUGACUGGACAGAUAAUCACACAGUUGGAAAAUUUGAUAUCCUUGGAGGUUUUGAAUCUUUCUCAUAAUCAGCUUUCUGCGACAAUACCUUCUGGUCUCAAUGGACUUAUCAGCCUUCAGUCAGUUGAUAUAUCCUACAACAAACUUGAAGGUCCCCUCCCAGAACUAAAAGCAUUUCAUAAUGCUCCAGCAGAAGCACUGAUUGGUAAUGCCGGUCUGUGUGCUGAUCCUGGUGGCAAUGCAAAUCUGAGUCCAUGUGGUGGAGAAAAAACCAACGAAGUUAAUAAACAUAAGCUGGUAAUUGCUGUAGUCAUUCCACUUGCUGCUUUAAUCAUUCUAUUGGUUUCCCUUCGAGUCUUCUUUUUCUGGCAAUAUCAUAGAGUUGAUCAAGAUGAAAAGGAAAAGAUUUCAAAUGGAAAGACCACAUUAUUCAUAUGGAAUUAUAGGAAUAUGAUAGAGUUCAAGGACAUAUGCAUUGCAACUGAGAAUUUCAGUGAUAAGUAUUGCAUAGGGAUAGGAGGACAAGGUAGUGUAUACAAGGCAGUGCUUCCAACAGGUGAAACUUUGGCAGUGAAACGUCUUCACCAACAUGAGGAAAUGGACUUCUCUGGACACCUAACAAAGAACUUCACAUCUGAAAUUCAUGCAAUGACUAAUGUUCGCCAUCGAAAUAUUGUAACAAUGUGUGGAUUUAGUUACUGUUAUGGGUCCAUGUUUUUCAUAUAUGAGUAUGUGGAAAGAGGCUCUUUGGAAAAGGUGCUGCAGAAGGAACAAGAGGCAAAGUUCUUGACCUGGGACAUGAGGCUAAACAUGAUAAAAGGGUUGGCAAAUGCAUUGUCUUAUCUGCACCAUGAUUGCAUACCCAGCGUUGUUCACAGAGACAUUUCAGGAAACAAUGUUCUGUUGGACACAGAAUAUGAACCUAAGAUCUCAGACUUUGGUACAGCAAGGUUGCUUAACAAAGGAGAAUCAAAUUGGACAGCACCAGCUGGAUCAUAUGGCUAUAUGGCACCAGAGCUAGCAUUUGCAAGGAAGCUGACAGAAAAAUGUGACGUUUACAGUUUUGGAAUUGUUGCAUUGGAAAUUAUGGUAGGGAGGUACCCUUAUGAGCUCCUAUUGUGCUUAGAGUCUGGAGAAUUUGAUCUACAACAGUUUAUAGAUUUCUUAGAUAAGAGACUAGCUCCUCCUGAAGGUCCUGAAGUCCAACUCUUAAUGCUGGUUGCAACCCUGAUCCUAAAAUGUAUUGACAAAGAUCCUUUGUAUCGACCCACCAUGCAUCAUGUGUCCCAAAUGUUGCUCACUCUCUGUCCCUAG